CGAGUCGGUAUGUGGGGGCAAGAGAGGGUAGAGAAAUCGAGAAAGCAAAGGAAAAGCCAUUUCAGCCAGAGAAAAAAAAAAUGAAUAUAAUUUUUGUGUAGAAGAGAAGGUGACCCCCUCUUCCCCUUCCCUCCUGGUGCCAUCCAGUUCCCAUCCACCUAUCUUCCUCCUCCUGCUUGAACCCUUCUCAUGGUUUUUUGGGUUCUUUCCUUGCCAUUUCCAUCUUCUUUCUGGCUUGUCGCUUAUGUUGUUUUCUUGAUUUGUCCUUCAUCUUCAACCUUGGGGUUGUUUUAGUUUUUGAAAUUUGAUAAAUAGAUUAGUUUUGGGUUGGGUUGAUUUAAGCAAUUUACUGGUUUGGUUUUUUGGGUUAAUCUGUAAUCUUUUCAUCAACCCCUUUUCAUCAACCCUGUUUGUAUUGGUAUAAUAAUUAUCACUAUUCUUUCAAUCUUUGGAGUAAUAUAUCUGAUUUGGGAUAACCCUUUUGAGAGAAUUGGGUGAAUCUGAAGUGUUUAUUUUUGGUUUUGGGUCAUAAAAAUUUUUCGAUGAGGAGAGGGAGAGGUGCCGCCGCCGCAGCUGCAGCAGCAGCAACAGCGGUAGCAACGAAACCGGCACUAGAACCCAACGGAUCUAUAAAAGAACCGAGAUACAGAGGGGUCAGGAAAAGACCAUGGGGAAGAUUUGCGGCCGAGAUCAGGGACCCGUGGAAAAAGACCAGAGUUUGGUUAGGGACGUUCGACUCAGCGGAAGAAGCAGCUCGAGCCUACGAUGCGGCGGCGAGGUCACUCCGUGGAUCCAAAGCGAAAACAAAUUUUCCCAUAAAUUCCUCCAAUAUUCCGGCUUUUCCGUUCGAAACCCAUCAUCACAACAACGAAGGCUUCAUCGACCAGCAGCGGUUAUACCCGAUGGGCGAUUUUCAAGACCCAGAGGUGAACCCGCAAAGACCCACGAGGAGUAGCAUGAGUAGCACGGUGGAGUCGUUUAGUGGACCCAGACCAGCCCAACCACCGCAAAAAUCGACGGAUUUUGCCGUGGUUUCGACGAGGAAGUACCAUCCGAGGACGCCGCCGGUGGUGCCGGAGGAUUGUCACAGUGACUGUGAUUCGUCGUCGUCGGUUGUCGAUGAUGGGGAUAUCGCUUCGUCUUCGUGUCGGAAAACGUUGCCUUUUGAUCUCAAUUUUCCGCCGUUGGAUGAUGUCGAUGAUCUCCAGUGUACCGCCCUAUGUCUUUAAUCAUGACGAUGACGAUGGUGAUAAAUGAUGAUGAUCAUUAUUGAAUCUUUUUUUUUAAAUUUUUUUGCUUUUUUCUAAGCAGACGGAGAAGAAAAAAAAAGAAAAAAAAGGAAGAAGAAUAUGAGACAUGAUUAAGAUGAAAUGGUCUUAAUCCCUAUGAGUAUGAAAUAUGAUCCCUUUGAUUUUUAUCAUAUGAUUAUGAUGAUGAUGAUGGUGAUGAUGAUCUUUGUUCUUAGAAAUAUGAUGAUGAUGAUGAUGAUGAUUUAGGGUUUGUGAUGUUAUCUCAGAUCUGAGUUUUAUUUAACCUUUUGUUAAGGUUC